GCAAUGUAACCUUGUGUAGUCCGAGUCACUGUGGCGCUUGUUGAAAGAGCGCCAUAAACAAAGCGGAAAAAAUAAAAUGCCAACAGUGAAUCCUAUGCGAUAUGCCCACAGUGAUGGGUUGACAGAUGUUUGUUUUGAUGAAAAUGGAAGGUACAUACUGACUGGUGGUUCUGACGGCGAUAUUCGUAUUUGGGAUGGAAUUGACGAUGAUGACGCUAUUUCCCACAGAUGUGGUGACAAGACAUUUUCGAUUGCCAUCAAGGGAAGUCGCUAUUUUGCUGCAACAGACACAAACACAAUUCAGGCAUACAACUUUCCCGAGGGGACACCUGAUGGGAUUCUUACAAGGUUCACAGCCCCAGCUAAUCACAUUGUGCUCAACAAAACUGGCAAGAUAUUGGUAGCUGGUGCAAGUGACUUUGCCAUCAAGAUUGUGGAAGUAGACAACUGCAGUACAAAGACAUAUCAGGGUCAUGAAGCCCCUGUCCUUAGUGUUGCUCUAGACCCAAAUGAAGAAUACUUGGCCUCCUCAAGCUGUGAUGGUACAGUGAAGAUAUGGAAGGUGGCAGACCGCACUGUGAUACAUAGCACAAACAUGCUGUCCAAGUGCAGUGAUGUCAGUUUAUCAAAAACCCUGUGCAGAUUGUGUUGGGAGCCCACGAAAGGAAAGGUUCUUUAUGUACCUGGGCACAAGGAAGUCGUGGUGUUAGAGAGACAAUCUUGGAAGAAGUUAACUUCAAUCACUGAUCCAUGUUUCACAGAGCAUGUGUCUGUGGUGGCUGUCAGUCCUGAUGGGAAGUACCUCGCUGCCGGGGGAUAUGAUGGCUGGAUAGCUGUGUUUGAUUUGAAGGCCAAGUCUUGUGUAGACAAGCAUCGGAAUGAGAAAGGUCUGUCUAUCACUGCCAUGGCUUGGAACCCCAAAAAUAACAUGCAGCUGGUAUUCUGUGACAACCAGGGUCAACUUGGCCAGCUGACAGAUAUAUCAACCAGUGUGGAAAAUAAGGAUGUAGAGCCUUCAGGGGACAAAACUGUGGAGGCCGGAGUGUUUGAUGAUGAUGAUGACUUUCUGGUGGCUGCGGCAGAAGACGGGAACAUCAGCGAAGAUGAUGGCGUCAAAAUUGCUAAACCGAAGGCCAUAUUCUCAGAUGACGACAGCAUGCCUGAGUUCCCUGUGAAGCCUGGCAAUGAGGACGACGCCUCAAGCGUGACGUCCGAGAAGUCAGAACCGCCACGCCCAGAACCCAGAGUCAUCGAGGGGUUCAGACCCACCCCCCUGCAACGCCCCUUCCAGUCUGGCUCCACCCCUGAACAUCUCACCAGCAGGUUCAUGAUCUGGAAUGCAGUGGGAAUCAUCCGACAGUACAAUAGCGAGGAAGAAAACUCCAUCGACAUUGAGUUCCAUGAUACGUCAAUCCACCACGCGAUGCACCUGAUCAACGGCUCCAACUUCACCAUCGCUGACCUUUCAAUGGAGGCUGCCCUGUUGGCUACGGAGGGAGAUUCUGACACUCCUAGCAAGCUGACCUGCAUGCAUUUCUCCUCCUGGGACAACAACAAAGAGUGGAGUGUAACCAUGCCAGAGGAAGAGGUAGUACAGUGUGUAACCUUGGGGGAGGGCUGGUUGGCAGUGGCAACCAGUCAGAGGAACGUUCGCCUGUUCUCAGUUGCAGGGGUGCAGAAGGAGGUGUUUACCAUCCCGGGACCAGUGGUGUGUAUGUGCGGUCACACUAGCCAACUGCUGAUCAUCUAUCAUAGAGGAAUGGGGGUACCAGGUGAACAAUGUCUGGGUGUGACCUAUCUGGAUGUGCGGGACUGGAGAAGGGAAGUCCAUUGUGAACCACUACCUCUGUCUCCCACUGCAACACUGAACUGGGCUGGGUUUUCUGCUGAAGGCACUCCAUUCUUUAUGGACUCUACAGGGAUCAUCAGGAUGUUCAACCGUGCUGCAGGCAAAUCAUGGACCCAGAUCGCAAACACCAGAACUCAUGCAAAAGGAAAGUCUGACCAUUACUGGAUUGUCAGCAUGCAUGAAAAUCCCCAACAAAUCAGAUGCAUCCCCUGCAAAGGCUCCCGCUACCCUGCGACCUUGCCCCGCCCUGCCCCAGUGGUGCUUCCCUUCCAAGUGCCCCUGUGUGAACUGAACACAGAAAAGAGUCAAUAUGAGGAGUUGCUAUGGCGUACAGGCCUGUUAACGGCACAUUUUGACCAGUGGGCCAAGCAGGGAUAUGAGGUGGAUGACUCACAGAAAGCAGAGACCAGGAAACCUUCACAGGAGGCUCUCAUGAAACUGUUUGCUUUGUCCGCCCGGUCUGAGCGCGAGUUUCGCGCCCUGGAGGUCUGUGAGAUGAUGUCAGACCAGCACACCCUACAGCUGGCCAUCAAGUACAGCAGCCGUAUGCGCUACAUGCAGCUGGCCCAGAGGAUCAGUGAGAUGGCAGUGAGGAAGGCUGAGGAGGAGCAGGCUAAGGCUUACGCUCAGAGCCAAACUGAAGAUGACUAUGGGACAGGAAGUGCUGGUCGUUCAUCUGGGGUUCGUAGCUAUGGUAACGAGGCAGAGAGGGAGGAGGAGGAGGCAACACAGGACGGGGUAGAGGAGGAGGGUGAUAUGGAGACAGAGGCAGACCAACCCUCAGGACCUCUCCUUGAAACCAAAAUAAGGGAGGACAGAUCUGAAAAGGUUAAUAACCCAUUUCAAGCACGCUCUAACCCUUUCAAGGUUUCCUCCACACCUUCCCAGAGUCCCAGUGUCACCAAGGGAACACAGAUAUUUGACGGUCUUGCUAAGAAAAAGGAGAAAAGUGUUGGUCUCUUUAGCCAGGACACUAAAUUAAAGACAACUAAAAAGGGCUCUCAACAAAAACUCUUAUUGAAGAAAAAGGCAGAUACUAAAGCUGACAAAACAGAAACCAAAGCCACUCCUAAAAACACGACCCCAUUUGACCUGUGGCUGGAGGAUCAUGGGGCAUGUCUGAGAGAGGAACAUGCUGAUCUAGAUGAGGAGGAAUUCAGCAAAAAGGCUGCAGAACAAUUUCGUCUGCUGCCUAGGGAUGAAAAGCAGAUCUGGCUGACAAAGUCAAAAGAAGCAAACACAAAGAGCAAAGAAAAUGUGUCUGCAGAUGGUGAUAACAAGAAAAGGAAAAGAGAUGAGGAAGAUGACAGUGUGGUUGAAAAGAAAUUGAGGGACUCAGGGGAGGGUGGGAACUUAGCUAAGAAACCUCUGGGACACACUGCCAAUUCUAAACUCUCUGGGUUUGCUUUUGGUGGGGGAAGCUGAGCAGCUAGUUCACUUUGGUUGAACUUUGUGCAAAGAUAUUUUAAUUGUGAGACUUUUGUUUAUGUUGCUUUAGAGAUAUUCAAUAACUUGUCUAGUUCAAUCAAACUUUAGAAAGUGAUGAGUUUUUGUGAGUGUAGUUAAGGGGGUUAUGGUAUUGUUUGCCUUGAGGUGCUCCCAAAAUCAUAAUUACAAUUUUUCUUAAGGUGGUGAUAUGUUUGUGCUAAGAAAAUGGUUGGUUAGUUAUGAGCAGUAUAUUAAAAAAUAUAUUCACAGUUCUAAGUGCCAUUGAACACAUGUAUUCAUUUAAUUAAUUUUUAUGUCCCCCACUAUAGUAGUGGGGGACAUAUUUCUUUUGCCCUGUCUGUUGGUUGGUUGGUUUGCGCCAACUUUAACAUUUUACAAUAAUUUUUGCUAUAUUGAAUAUAGCAACUUGAUAUUUGGCAUGCAUGUGUAUCUCAUGGAGCUGCACAUUUUGAUUGGUGAAAAGUCAAGGUCAUCCUUCAAGAAUCAAGGUCAGAGGUCAAAUAUAUGUGGCCAAAAUCGCUCAUUUUAUGAAUACUUUUGCAAUAUUGAAGAUAGCAACUUGAUAUUUGGCAUGCAUGUGUAUCUCAUGGAGCUGCCCAUUUUGAGUGGUGAAAGGUCAAGGUCAUCCUUCGAGGUCAGAGGUCAAAUAUAUAUGGCCCAAAUCGCUUAUUUUAUGAAUACUUUUGAAAUAUUGAAGAUAGCAACUUGAUAUUUGGCAUGCAUGUGUAUCUCAUGGAGCUGCACAAUUUGAGUGGUGAAAGGUCAAGGUCAUCCUUCAAGGUCAGAGGUCAAAUAUAUGUGGCCCAAAUCGCUUAUUUUAUGAAUACUUUUGCAAUAUUGAAGAUAGCAACUUGAUAUUUGGCAUGCAUGUGUAUCUCAUGGAGCUGCACAUUUUGAGUGGUGAAAGGUCAAGGUCAUCCUUCAAGGUCAAAUAUAUGGGUCAAAAUUGCUCAUGUAAUGUCACUUCUGCAAUAUUGAAGCUAGCAAUUUUAUAUUUGAAAUGCAUGUGUAUCUCAUGGAGCUGCACAUUUUGAGUGGUGAAGGGUCAAGGUCAAGGUCAUCCUUCAAGUUCAAACGUCAUAUAGGGGGACAUUGUGUUUCACAAACGCAUCUUGUUUGGACUACAAUUGCAGAAAGUGAAAGUGAAAAAAUAACAUCAACAGAUAUCUAAAUGGAUGAGAAAGAACACCAACUGAAAUAUGAAGAUUUUUGUAAUUUUUUUGGACUAUGAACAGACUGCAAUUUUGCUGAAGAAAUGUUUGUGCAUAUUUAAAAAAAAAAUUAUUUAGCUGUCAUUUGACAUUUUCAGUAUUUAGAUCUGACUAAAAGACUCCUUGUAAUAUUGCACUAACAUGUUAAGGAAAGACUCUUGAGUUUUACUAGAAUAGUCUGAGCUAUAGUGCUUCCCACUUGUCAUUAUGCGAGGUUGCUGACCAAGUUCCAUAACUCUGGCCUACAAUUUAGCAGAAUUAUGCCCGUUUUUUCUACUUUGAAAUAUGUAAAGUAAACGGGCAACAUCUCCAUGUCACUGCUUUUUCUAUGGGUGUUCAAUUUAAACUUCAUACGUGACUGUUGGAUUAUCAUGCUUGGUCACUUGCCAAGGCCCAUAAUUAUGCCCCAUAUUAUGUUUUUUUUGUUCUUCAGGUAAACCUUCGCGUACAACCAUUCCUAUCUCAAAGUUGCAUGCAGCCGUAACUUGUGGUUUCAUAUUUGGCAAGUUGGGUUAUUUUCACUGUUGCUUAAAAUGUUUGCUUUCAAUAACUUCCGUUACAAUGGAGGCAUUGUGCUGAAAUUAUUAUGUGGAGGCUGAUCUAGCGAUGGAUUGCAUUUGGGGCAAGUUGGGUGAAGGUCAGUGUUAUCAAAAACAUGUCUGCUUGAUAACAUAUUUGGAAGGAGUUAAAGUGAUUUUGUUUGUAAGAAGCUUACAUGCAGACUUAAGGUAGAAUAGCAUUUUCGUCAAGUGAAAGUGGGGUGAAGUAAAUUGUUACUAAAAAAAUGAUUUCUGCUCAAUAAAUUGAGUGUGAAUGGACGUAGUUUGCAGUAAUUGUGUGUGUAAGUAGCUUAUAUCCAGAGGUUGCUUACUUAAUUUAACUAAAUGUAUUGAUAAAAAGUUGAAAAUCUAAGUUUUUUGCAUGGUCACAUUUCUUGUUGUUAUUUAUAAUUUUUCAGUUGUAAGUUUACACAUUCUUUCAAACUACUUCAGAUAUUUAACUUUAAAUAUGUCCUUGUGUUACAUAUGCUAUUUAUAUGGAAGAAUAAUCGAGCUAGCUAUUUUGUGCCUUUCUUUUAUCAAAGAAAAUUGCUCAGCUAGUUUGUAAAUGGGGGUUUCAGACGCAAAUUUAUUGUUCAUAACUAAUUAAAUAAUCUGCUAUGCAUGUUUCUUUUCGAAAUAUACACGAUGUUUUGUUGUUUGCUUACUGGUUUAUGCUGAUGUUUUAAUACAGAAUUCAGGCAAUGAUCUAUUAUUUAUCUAUCGAUAUACAUGAAAAGUUAACUAUGUAUCAGUUAUCAGUUUUUGUCUUGUACACAAUAAAUAUUAAAUAUGUA